UAGGCAUAGAUAGUAGUAUAUUGUCCAAUGUGUAAACAUACAGUAUAUAUAUAUUUAAAUAAAGCAACCUUGGAGGAAUCCAAGGGAAAUAUAUUUCUAUAGAAUAACCAAAGAUUAUUCUUAAUUGGCGCCCGAGCAGGGACCGGUCAACAAAAGGAUUCAGUGAAUAAAAUCCUUCGCGACUCCAUAACGACGAAUUCAAAAUAAAAUUCAAGUGUAUCAAAAGUGUCCAACAGAAGAAAUUUUCUAAAAAUGGCACAGGCACAAGCGGAAAUCCAGGCACUUUAAGCCAUGGUUAUGGACAUGCAGAGAAGAUUCGCCGAAGCUCAAAUAACCGCUGCACCAGUGGAAGAAGCACAAGACGAAGUCUGCACAUACUCAGUUGAUUUAGGACUCUUCAGAUAUAGAAACUGGAGAAAACUGGCCACAACUCUAAUGGGAAACGUGAAACCAUUCAGGGGACAGAACAUAUACACGGAACCCUUAAUCUUACUCAGGGGAAAGAUUACAGGAAGAUCCGCGCAAAUUCUCAUCAAUAAUAAUACAAAAUUAAACUUCGAGGAAAUCAUAGACCGCUUAGACGACUCAUAUGCCGAUCAACGCUCACUCUAUGUCCUGGAAGAAGACAUGAUGAGGAUAAGACAGGCAGGAAAACCUCUUCAUACAUACAUAUAUACUACGAUCAGUUAAACCAAGCGUUGAACGUAGUAUUAUCCAAAAUAGAGAUGACACACAAGAAUGAAAAUGUGAUCAGCGCUCUAUCCAAGGAGAUACAAUUAAAGGCAGUGAGAACAUUUAUCGCAGGAUUGAGUAGUUCAGCAACAAAKAAUGMAUUAUACUCAAGAUCAUKCACCAAUCUGAUGGAAGCACAUGGGAUAGYUAGAACGAUGCAGCAUGAUUCGCAUUAUCACCAACUGGAACACGUACCGAGGGUACAACGGCGAAGCCAUCAACAGUGGCAAACACAGCAGCAAUUCCAGCAGAAUUUUUAUCUCCAACCAAUUGCAACAAGAAACAACGGAACCAAUGGAGGUAGACCCCUCUUCAACAAGAUUUAGACGACAACCAUACAAUCCACAACCGCCAAUUAACAUUCAUCAGGAAGCAAGGCAAACACAGAAUCCGUUUAGACAAGUCAUCCAAACUCGCAGCAAAGGAAACAAAUCGGCAAACUCGCAGCAAAGGAAAACACAACGCCUGAACCAAGUGGGAGAUACCCAAGAAGACGACCAGGAGUCACUUUACAAUGAAGCACCUAGUAAACUCCCCAUCCAGACAUACCCCGGACAGAGGAGGUAACUUAUUCAACAUUUAACUGUUAUUCAACUAUUUUUGAUCACACAAAAAGGUUUGUAUUCUAACUAAUAAUCAGUGCUACCUUAAGUUGAUAGUUUACAGAAAAACCAAGAGAAAUAAAUAAAACAAAUAGUACCCCAAUGACAGGAAAUACACAAGUAUAACACAUUAGUUACAUUUGGGAUUAUUGUCUGGGGGUGAGAAAUUCGAAGUCAGGGUG